AUCAAUUUUAAUAACAUUUUAUUUAAUUCAAUAUUUCUACAAUGUUACCAUUAUAUCCGUUUUUUUGGAUCCAGUCUUUGAAAUUCGGUGUAGAUUUUAGGCUACAGCACACCUCGAUUCAGACUCACCGCACCUGAGAUGCUUGGUGGCCUAUGCACUGAGUGCUGCCUUCUUAGACAUCCCAGGGCUAGAGCAGCAGUGACCACAGGCUGUGUCAGGAACCACGGGGUCCACGCUCUGUUCUGCACACUUGUCCCGAAGCUCUUACUUUCUGCCCUGCCCUUUCCCCCCAGACAGAACUGCUUCCUCCAUGGGGAAAAUUGUAUGUUUGUCUAGGAGAUUCUGAACGAGGUACAGUGACCCUGUGUGAAUCUGCGCUUCUUGUGAGAUCUGUGCAGAACCCGUCCCUUCUCCCACUGCCUAGAACUGCCAAUGAGAGGCUCCUUCUCCAGGGGCAUGCAGCCACAGGCCAGGCGCUGGCCUUCAGGAACAGUUUUGGGAAGAUGAGGUCUACUCAAUGAGAGCCGCCUGGAAAGGAAACUCAAAUAGGAUUAAAAAACCAGCAAGGGAUGUGGAGGCUUGUGGAUGUGCCGGGUGUCCAUGUGGUCUUGGCUAGAGGGGCUAUCCCAAAAGGAGAAGCUGGCUAGAAGCUGCACCCUUGGAAGACGGGGCAUCACUUCUGCCAUCCUGCAGGCUGGGGCAGACAGGGGCCUGUUGAGCUUCCAGGGCGGGGGGACAUAGACCCAGAGUCAGGAGUGGACAUGGCAACACACACAGCUGUGGUGUGCUAGCUGUGGGACCGUCUGAGAAAGUGGCUAUAAACUCUACCCUUUCUAGCCGUUUAAAAAUCAGGUGACCAGGUGUGCUUGUUGAGAUGUGUUUCUUUCACGUGUGGACAGAAUUACACUGGUUGCAAAUGAGGCCCUUCCUCUGAAGCUUUCAUGACCACCUACCAAGUCCCCCCACCUCCCCCAGUGUGCGUGCUCACUCAGACAUCAUCCUUUCUGUUUGGUAAGAUCAUCUUUGUUCUGUAGCCCUUGGUCUGAAGCACCUGGUAUCCUCUUGGCUCAGUAGCUGUAGAAAGAACCGUUUGCAGAUUCAACAGCAGCAGAGGAAAGAAUCCCAGGACACAUCCCAGGACAUUGCUGCCUCACACCCACAUCACAACAUCACUGGAGUUUCAGCUGUUAAUGGUUCUCUGUAUUUUCUACAUUUCUCUUCAGUUUCCACUCCACUAUUUUUUUCUGAGCCCCUUCUGAAUAUCGAGUGCUCGAAAGUGGUGCAGGGUACUAGAAGGUCGAGAAGUGGCCCCUGCUUUCAUUUGGCUCACCUGUCCUUAGGAAACAGGAAUGCAGUUUUAAGCGUUGUGUGCUGGAAGUCAGGGCCUGACACCUGACUGCUCCCUCAGCGGGCUGGCUCCACACUGCCCCAUUCCUCACCGCCCCUCAGGUGGCCACACUGGCUGCAGGGGGUGUCUGGCUGUACCCCACAGGACCUGCAGGACCGCAACGACGAGCUGCAGGCUGCACUGGAAGGCCUGCGAGCACAGCUGCCCCCGAGUUGGCAUGGCCGGCCCCACGCACAGCCAGAGGAACGGCUGCCCCCUGGACACGGGCCAGCAGGCAUCAUCUCAUUUGUUGGUGAUUCCAUUCCAGUGAGUUUAGAAACAGAGAUAAUGAUGGAGCAGGUGAAGGAACACUGCCAAGACCUCAAGAUCCAGCUGGAGACCAAGGUAAAUUCUUACGAGAGGGAAAUGGAGCUGAUGAGGAGAGACUUCACGAAGGAGAGGGAGCAGAUGCAGCAGGCCUUCAGGCUUGAGGUCCACGUGCUGGAGUGCCGGAGGGCUGACCUGGAGGUGCUGCUCGGGAAGUCUCAGGAGCUCAUCCGAGGCCUGCAGGACCAGCUCCAGCGGGCGGCCUGUGGCCCUCUGCCGGAGAGGGCGGGGUUGGGGCAGUGCUGCAUUCAGGCACUAUCUGGCCCAGCCGGGCGGCUGGCCCGAGAGCAGGACCCACCGGAGCAGGGACAGCACCAGAGGCAUCGGAACGAGCUGCAGCGAGUCAGGAAAGAGGCCGAAGUUGUGCUGAACUACGAGCUCUCAAGGAUGGAAGCCCAGCAGGCUGCCCACUGUAAGCACUUUGCGCUGCAGCCUCAGCAGGAGAAGGAAGAGGUGCUCCAGAGAGCCCUGCUGCAAGUCCACGAGGUGACAGAGCAGCAUGACCAGGAGAAGGAGCGGAGGGCGGGCAGGGGGGAGGAGCCCCACCCACGCUGGGGAAGUCAGCAGCGGAAGCUGCAGGAGCUGGUAGGCAAGGAACAGGCAGAGUUUUGCAGGUCCUCUGCCCUGGAGGAGGAGAAGCUGGAGCUCACCUGUAGGAAACAAGUGGGAAGACCUGUAUGGGCAGCAGACAUGCUGUGGGCCUGCUGGAGGGACAGGCCAGCAGUGGCGGGUCGUGAGCAGGAGGGUGCAGGCAGGAGGGAGCAGCCACUGGCCUGGCUGGAACCUGGCGAUGGGCGUGGCCAUGGGCAAACCAGGUGCAGGCAUGUGGAUGCCCAGCAGAGCCCAGCCCUAGCCCCUGCCCUGGCCCGCAGAGGGCCUUUGGAGAGCCUUGGCCUCAGAGAGGAUGGUCGGCAUGUGCUCGUUGCCGAAGAGGUGGCUUCUCCUCCUCCUGAGAGGCGGGCACAGGUGCACCCAUGUGGGGUAGACAGGAGAGCGGUUCUGGAGGAGCGAGUGCCUCUUGCCGGCAGCUCAGCUGGUGUGAGCCAGACUGAAGCCCAGGAGCUACUCUGGGGAACAGAAGGAGAUGCCUCACCAGCCCAGCCCCCACCAGUGGGCAGAGGAGAGACUGAGAGGCAGCUGGCCAUUCUGGAGCGAGCUGGGCAUCUGAGUGAGGAGCUGGCCCCCACGGGCAGCCAGGGGCAGGCUGUGGCGGAGCAGGGCCAGCAUGGGGAGAGCACCCUGGAGCAGGGGCUGCAGCACAGCAGGGACAAGGCCAAGGAGGGCACCUCGCUCUCCCAACCCCACCUCACUGGCCCCCAGGUGGCGGGGCAGGAGCAGCUUAAGGCCCUGCGGGAGGAAGAGGCCAACACGGCUCUGGAAAGAGAGAAGGACGACAUGAAAACCAAACUUCUGCAGCUGGAAGAAGUCGUUCGGGUUCUUGAGAAAGAAGCAGAUUCAAGAGAGAACAACAGAAUCGAGUUGGAUAGGCUUUCUGAAGAAAACACAUUGUUGAAAAAUGAGCUGGGAAGGAUUCAGCAAAAGCUUGAAGCUGCAGAAAGGACAAGUGAUGCCCAGAGGAAGGAAAUCGAGGAUUUAAAGAGAGACAGGGAAAAGGCCUGCUCUGAAGUGGAAGAGCUCAACAAACAGAGUCAGAAAUGCAAGGAUGAAGUGUCCCAGCUCAAUCACAAGGUCCUUCAGCUUGGAGAAGAGGCCUCUAUCCACCAGGCCCAGAAUGAGAAGAACUGCAUCACCAUUCAGCUGUUAACACGGAGACUGGAGGAGGUGGGGCAGCGGGAGGGGUUGCAGGGUGAGCACAUCCAAAAACUUGAAGUUGAACUCGAACACAAGAAUCAGGAAUGUCAGAGCCUAAGACUGUCACAGUCACAGCUGAGAGAGACCCUUGAAGAAAGUCAAGACCAGCUGCACAGAGCCAGCCUGGGGCUGAGGCUGACACAGUCCCAGCACUCCGAGGAGGUUCAUCGGCUGCAGGAGCGGAUGCAGUGGCUGGUGCCUCGGGACCUUGUGGACGAGCUGCAGCAGCUGCUGGAAGAGGAACGGCAGGCGGCUCGGCGGCUCCACAAGGAGUGCCUUCUCCAGGAGGAGAAGGGGAGGCGGCUGGAAACACAGUGGGAAGAACAUGAAAAAGAGCUUAAAGACACCCAAGAACAGGUAGAAGAGGUGGGAAUGGUUCUGAAGAAUGUGGAAAUGCUCCUACAAGAAAAAGUGGCCGAGCUGAAAGAGCAGUUUGAAAAGAACACAAAGUCUGAUUUGCUGCUCAAGGAACUCUAUGUGGAAAAUGCUCACCUGACGAAGGCAUUUCAGGUCACCGAAGAGAAGCUGCGAGGUGCCGAGAAGAAAAACCGCAUCUUGGAAGAAAAAGUUAGAGCUCUCAACAGACUCCUCAGUAAGAUCGCUUCAGCUUCCCUCUCUGUGUGAAGGCUGCUUGUUUUCCUGGAAUUCAUUUCGAAAGAACAUCUUUUAAAAUUAAGCCACCGUGGUGCCAUAAUUUUCUAGGGUUCAUUGGCCAUGGCCCGGGCAUAGGAGGUUUCUGAUUCUUCUUUGUUCACCUCACACACAUUUAAAAAUGUCUGUUGUGCCAGAUGCUCAGAAAAUAGACAUGCUGGAAAAGACGACAUUUUUAUUAGUGGUCCUGGGUAAUUUCUCUAGGUAAAAUUCCCAGUUUUGCUACCAAUGGGUGAAACAGAUUAUGGCGGCUUUCAGUGAAGAAAGACUAAAAGAAAAUGGUAAAAUCAAUUUCAGUGUUGUACUUUUGACCUUGGCUGCAGAGAGUAAAAUGAAAAAUAAGUGCUCUGGACAGUUUCACCCUUUCACUGUUACUGCUUUGGGUUCAGAUCAUUAGCAUUCUCAGUAUGGGUCUAUACAGACAUUCUAGAAAGACUACUCGCUGUGCCUGUCAGCCCUGCUCCACCACAGGAAGAUGUCUGGGGAGUGCUUAUUUUAAGUCUGUGGACUCAGGGAUGAUAGUAUUUAUUGCGAAUGCAAUCUUUUCCUCAAUGAAAUGUCAUCACACUGGAAAUUGUAUUAUAUGUAAAGAAAAAAGAACUAUAGUUUUAUAUCCAAAAUAUAUAUAAGUAUGGUCAUUUGGUUUAUGAGAAUAAAGUACUGUACUAUGAAGAGU